AUGGGUCUCUUUGGAAACAAACGUGAAAAAAGUGAAAAGGUAGAUAAAUAUGAAUAUCAUGCAUCAUCAAAAGGUGGUCGACCAGGAUAUGGUCCACCAGCCUUAAUAGGUGCUCCACCAUCUUCAUAUUUUCCAGGUGUUGCACCUUAUUUUGAUGGUUAUGGACCAAUAUCAGGACAAGGUAAAAUGAGUAAAUAUGGUAAAUAUGGUGGUCCAAGUAAAAGUCUUUAUGGUAGUGAUCCAAUGGCCCAAGCAAUGUUAUUACCACCUCAAUCACCUGCUGCAUUACAAGCUCAAGCAGCAGCUAUGUUACAAAUGCAACAAUAUAUGCAAGGACAAGGUGGUGCUGGUGUACAAUUUGGUGGUAUACUUCCACCAAUACAAAUGCCAUUAAAUGCUGCUCAACAAAUCGGAUUAUUGCCAGGUCAAGGUCAAUCAUAUUAUGGUUUAGGUGGACAACAAAUGGGAACACCAUUUUUUGAUCCAACAAAUCUAGCUUUUCAACAACAAGGUGCUUUUGCUCCUUAUCAACAGCCGAAUUUUUAUGAUCCAUCAGCUGCUGCUGCAUUUGCUGGUCCAUAUGGUUAUAUGCCAGCUGCUUUUUAG